UUGCAGAAUGUCGAUCAGAAGCGAGAUCUUGGCUGUAAACUACUUAAUGACGGCAACGAAUUUACACUACGCGUCAGUAAUGUUGUACGAACUGACGCUGGAAAAUAUUCUCUGACUGCGGUGAAUGUUGCCGGUGAAACGACCGCCAGUAUAGAGCUGGCAGUAACUGAACCUACCAGCUCUUCAACGAUGGGACCAAGCUUUAUACAUGCUCCAGUAUCUGUACAAACUCGACUAGGACAACGUGUGGAGCUACUAGCUCGUUUCACCGGACAACCGGCACCCGUGUGUCGCUGGUUUAAAGGUGACGUCGGGUUGGAGGAUGGUGAGCAUUUCAAGCAUUUUCACUUGAGUUGUCCGUUUUCUUUUCGAUUUAACCAUACUUGGCAAACGCAAUUCUUAGGCGUUGGCGGUUAUGCAAUCGCUGACAGCUCGGACAGCUCGACGUUGUCGAUCUUAUACCUCGAAAAUGAACAUGUUGGAGAAUACCUAUGCACUAUACGUAACCCUUACGGUGAAGAUCUCGCCACUGCUAUGAUCAUGAUUGAAGCUGUGCUUGGUUCCAUUGCCGGUGGCAUCCGAAGUUUUGCAUUGGCUGGAAAUUUUAAGGCGGAAAGCAAAUUUAUUCACCUCAAGCUACGUGUAUCGUGUUGUCUUUGUCAUAAUCUCUUGCAAGAUGGAGGCUCAUCUAUUGCGCUACCGCAACGUCGAUCGAGUCGUAAAUACUAA